AUGAGUGCGCCUACCACGGAAAGAGUGUGUGUCGAUUGUAGUCGUUUAAUGGAAAAAAAAUGUUCUUCUUGCGAGAAGGAUCCAUUGUCAUUGAUUGCAUACGUGAAUACGAAUGGGAAUGUCAUGCAGGACACACGAUCGAACACACUAGAGGAGCUUGCGAGGAACGUUCUGGAAAAGCUAAACCACCAAGGUUACUGUGUUAUCGAUAAUUUCCACAAAGAAGAGAAGGCUUUGGCGAUUUUGGACGAAGUAAAAAAUGUACACGAGCGCGGAAGAAUGCACAACGGGCAACUGACUAACACUUUAACUUCGGAAAACAUACGAGGCGAUUUGAUCGCAUGGCUCGAUGGUAGAGAAGAAAGGGCAGAGAAUAUUGCACUUCAUAUGCGUAGAGUCGAUGCUUUGCUUCGCGAGCUCAAUAAAAUGAUUUCAUGUCAUAGAAUUGAAGGAAGAACCCAGGUAUUAAAAGUUAUCUAUUUCAAUGAAAAUGGGAAGCAUAUUGUGAAUGCAGUGAGAUGGGAAGCAUUUAUAUUGUGAAGGCACCUACGAAGUGUCUGAUCAUUUUAAUUUGUCACAACAUUGUUUAUUAUGGUUUCAUCACAAAUGGAAACAUAAUAUUCUUGCCCUAAAUGUAGAAUGCAUGCCAAAUUUUUGGCCAUGUCAUUACCACAAACGUCCUGUAAGUUUUGUGACCUUGGUCGGCAUUUCACGCUUGCUUGGCCGGUCGUCAAACCUCCUCAGCCAGUCGUCAAACCUCCUCACUUAACGAGGCAAGGUAAGUGAAGGAUAAGCUGUAACAUAAGGAAAAGAAUGCGACGUUUGGAUAUGCUUGUGUGUGAUGAGGACGUUACAUAAGAAAUCAAUACUUUUGAUCCUUCUUAUCAUAACCUGAUUAUACAAUGGGUAAUUUCAGAAAAGAUCCAUACCGCCCUUACAGAGGAAAUAUCUGCCGUGGGGUAAAAAUCUAUGUCUGAUAAUAGUAAAAUGUGCUGUUGAUGUUGUGGAAGGAAAUUUGGAAAUGAAAAUAACCCCCCCAACAAUGUACUACUAAUACAGUUACUGUUAUCAGAAACAAAUUUUUCUUCCCCUCUGGUAGGGAUGAGCAGAUCAAGAAAAAUAAAAUUUACCGAUCCAAUAAAUUCUGAUCCGAUUUACCAUCCGAAUGGCCAAUUUAUUGGCGGUUAUCAAUAUUUGUUAACAGGAUUAAAGGGUAAUGGCAAUAAAAAUUUUUAUUGCUUUAUCUGAAAGAGCAUGAAAAAAUAAGCCGAUUGGCCGUUUACUGCUCUAUUCUGUUUCAUCUGGUUCCGAAGUUAUACGCAAAAAUGUGCAAAAUAUAAAUUGCUGAUUCAGCACAACGUGUGACGUCAUUGGUAGGGUAAGUAUGUUUAAUGAAUACUAAACUGAAGCAUAGCUCAGUUAUUAUGGGCCCAAAUCAAAUGAAAUUUUGGAUACUGAUUGUACAUGAUGAGACGCAUUGAAAAACACUUCUAAUUUUGUUGCCAAGGUAACAAUGUCGUUCCCAGGCCCCUUGCGCCAAUUUUAUAAAACAGCUUUAUUCAUGGUACUUAUAAGAAUAAAAUAAUGUCAGAAGUAUGUGUACCAUACCUAUGCAUGCCAAAAGUUUACUUGCAUGAUAAUAAUUCGAAAAUGACAUACACAUAGAUAAAUGCAACUAGUUAUUCAAAAUCAGUGUAAGGGGCCUGGGAACGACUGCGUUGCCUUGACAACAAAAUUAGAAGUAUUUUCCCAUACGUCUCAUCAUGUACUAUCUGUAUACAAAAUGUCAUUUGAUUUGAGCCAAUAAUAAUUGAGCUAUGCUUCAGUUUACUAUUCAUUAAACAUAUUUACCCUACCAAUGACGUCACACGUUGUGCUGAAUCAGCAAUUUAUAUUUUGCACAUUUUUGCGUAUAACUUCGGAACCAGAUGAGAUAGAAUAGAGCAGUAAACGGCCAAUCGGCUUAUUUUUUCAUGCUCUUUCAGAUAAAGCAAUAAAAAAAUUUAUUGCCAUUACCCUUUAACAGGAAUUCCCCACACUCAAAAUUGGGGCAAAAUGCUAGCACCCAGUGUGGAAAGUUUGUACCGGUAUCACGUGACAGAGAUAUCAGCCGCACAAUUUUGAUGGUUUCUAUAUAUUUACUAUUACAUUUUCAAAAUCUCUGGCACCCAACUUUCCAGGGCUAGCACAACAUCACAAGAAUUAAUAGGUCUACCAGUAACAGAAAUAUUAUUAUGAUAGUCAAGGAUUGAAAUUUAGUAAUCAAUUUAUUUUGGAAAAGUAUCCUGGUAAAUGACUGGUAACGGUAUAAGUAAAUAUGGCAGUUUUUCUUGACAAACAAAAGGAAAUAUAUAUCACAAACAAAAGCUAGAAUGUUAUUUAUCCGUUUGUUGACUCCUGCUGAUAGAUGCCAAUGUAUGUCGAUGUGAUCAGCUGACAACCGAUCUGCUGCAGAUUAUCGACUUUUUGCUUUAUUUUAAGGCAAUGGUUGCAUGUUAUCCUGGUGCAGAGAAACGGUACAGAAAGCAUGUUGAUAAUCCAAACCAAGAUGGCCGAUGUAUAACCACCCUGUAUUAUCUCAACAAGGACUACGAUAGGACGGUUUGUUACCUAACACUUAUUGCAGGGGUCUUCAAACCAUGGGUCGCGACCCAAAAUUGGGUCGCUAGCACACCCUCGAAGGUCGCAAGGCUUGUCUUGGGUCGCAUGGGUCGCAAUGCUUGUCUAGGGUCGCGAACUUACACUAGUAAACUUUACAAGACGAGAGAUCAAGUGAUAAGAUGCACAUAUUUACAUAUGAAUAUUUCCUUGCGAAAUUUGCGAUUACAAUGUUUUUUCACGAUUAUUAUGAAGCACUCAAGCGCUAGAUUGCUAGAAUAAUAUGGUUAAAACAGGUAAACUGGUAAAGCUUUAGAUAUAAUACAGGUCUUUUACUUCAUGUAACUCAAACAUUAUGGCUUAGCACCACUCGGCGCGCCUUCGGCGCACGUCGUCUUCCGAAGUAGAGUCGUCGUCAUACACUCGGAAGCUUUCGGUGAAAAGCCAUAAUGUUUUUAAUUAUCGAAAGUUUUAUUGGCAGUGUUCAGGGUCGCGGGACACCUAUGAAGCUUGGGUUUGGGUUGCCGAAAAAAAGGGGUGAAGACCCCUGACUUAUUGUUUAACCCCAUUCAGUGCUGGUGAUCUCCCCUUGACGGGUAAAAUCAUCUGGCAUUAGACAGAGUAAAACAAUAAUGUAGGGUGCAUUACGGUGCAAUUAUAGCACAAGAAUCCCUCUUGACGAGUAAACUUGUCUCACUGGUGUUAGAGCAAAAUAAUAAAGUAGGACACAUCAGGAUACACUGACGCUUAAUUUAAAGGGUUAACCCAUUAAGCUGCAGAGCUUCCCCUUUGACGAAUAAAAUCGUCUGGUGUUAGAUAAGUAAAAAAAAAAUAAGUAGGGCGCACUGGGGUGCAUUGCGGCUCAAUGAAAUUAGUAUUAACCAAGUUUAAUCUUGUUCUCAUCUUGGUCUGUAUUUUACAGGUUAAUGGUGGAGUAUUACGUCUAUACCCUCAUGGUGGAGAUGUAUAUGUCGAUAUUGAACCAAUACUUGACAGACUGUUCUUAUUUUGGUCAGACAGACGUAAUCCUCAUGAAGUAUUACCAGCUCAUACAACAAGGUUACUGUUAGGCUAUUACAAUGUUAUAUAUUUAAAAUAGUAUUUAAAUGCAACUUUCCAGUCUGUAAUAUCUGUUGGAAAAAACCUGAAAACCAACACUAAAAAGACCUGAUAAUACCAAAAAAUAUUGAUAUUCAAUAUAUCCAAUAUUAAUAUUCAUAAUUUCCAAAGUCAAACAUAUAUGUGAUUUCUAUUGUUGUUGCAUUUGUAGGUAUGCCAUUACGUUGUGGUACUUUGAUAAGGACGAAAGAGAAGCAGAAUAUCAACGACUGUUAAAACUGAAGCAGGUUUGUGACUUUUUCAACAUCACCACUGAGUUACUGAACUGAUAGACCAACUUUGAUCGUAUCCACAAAUGUAAAUUUGCGCUAUAUAGAAAUGUUGAUCAUAAUUGUAAUAAAUAUAUGCUUGGGAAGUAAAAAAUCCACACAAAUACUUAAGAUUUUAAAUAUUUGUGAUUUACACAAUUUGCCAAAUUCAAAUAAGGGGACUACAUAUCAAAAUAUUCAUCUUAUCAAUUUGCAUUUUAGGCAGAGAGUCAUCAAAAUGUGCCGAUGGAACACUGAGAAAACACAACGAUGAGGAGCUGUGAGCAUGUAAUUAAGCUGUCCACAAGAUGACCAUCAUUCAAAUCAUGGCAAGGCCUAAUCACCGUAGCGAACAAACAAAAUCAUGUGGAAAAAGUAGACAAUGGCAUUUGAUAUAAACAUUCAUUGUAGGUCUAGGUUUAUGUUACCGAAAACCACAAGUAUAUUAAUUGCUGUAACAAUUUGCAUUGUGUUAAUCAUAUGAAAAAGUUAUAUAGGAAAAAUUGCAUGAUGGAACUGGAUGUCUGAACUGCAUAUUACGUAUUAUUGGGUUGUUCUCAGAAAAGUUCCACAGACCCCCGACAAAAGAAAUUCUGCUGCCUGGAGAUGGAGGGAAGAAUUUCCUCCAUGGGGGAGGUUUGGAUAUUUUCUGGUUAUUUUGGUACAAACAACCUAAUUUACAUUUGAAUUACUGGCUUUUGUAAAUAUUUAUAAGUAUGCUAAACAUGCAGAGCUCAAUUUAAUUCUGUCUGACAAGACCCACCCAUAUUCUGUAUAUGAUGAGACAAUAAUGGUAUUUUAAUAGCACUUCAAAGAGAAACAUUGUACAGUAUUGUAAUUAUUGCACUUACAUGCAAAAUUGAAUAUAAAUUUAAUUAAUAUAAUAAUGUGCGAUUCAUUUCAUUAUACCUCAACAAUAUGAUGAAGUCGAACGAAAUUACAAUCAACAGACAUGCUUAUUCGUGGGUUGCGGCAGCCCCCCCCAGUUUGUUGGGCAAACAAAGCCAGUCGGGCAAUAUUUGCUCCACAGUCGGGCAAUAUUGGCUUAUUAUAAAAAAAAAUGGGAGAAAUUUUGUCAAUUUUGUGGGAAAGUCUGUCAAUUUUGUGGUAAAUUUUGUGUUGUCUGGAAAAUUUUUGGACCCCUAAAAUGGUACAGUGACCGAAAUUUUUUGGGGACAGGGGGGGGGGAGAGGUCGCCAAAAUGAAUUUGUUACGGAAAAAAAAUUUUCGGCACUGGUCGGGCACAAUCCGAAAAAGUCUGGCAAAUUUCUUUCCGCCCCCCUAAAUUUUUCUUUCCGGUACGCCCAUGUCAACAGAUCAUAGUAUAGACAGUAUAUUUGGUAACUGCCAUAUUGUAUGUGUAGCAGAUUUUUUGAAAAAAUGGAAUGUUUCUGUCAGUGCCGGGCUGGCUCCUGCUCGUCUGGUGAGGCCACCUCAAAAUUUGAUGCCCAUCGUUAUAAAUUUCCCAAAAUAUGUGUUGAGGGGGAAGGGCAAAACAUUUUUGAAACGUCAUUUAGGACAGUUUAAGACCCAUUUGACCUAUUUUUUAUUUUUUAAGUAGAAUUGACAAUUUUGGUCGGAGUUUCGCAAAAGCUUUGACCCCCUAAAAAACCUUCGGGGCCAUGCCCCCCCCCCCCUGCCGGCAGGCCACUGGUUUCUAUUACGUCACAAUUAAAAACAAUAUGGCCGACGCAGAAGACGAAGAAAAUGUAAGACAAGAUGAAUUAUAAUUUGAUUUUCGGAAGUAUCUUUGCAGCAUUUUUAUUUUGUUUCCUCGUAUUCUUAAUUUCAGGAGUCAAGUGUGUUUGAAAUUACUGAUUUUACCACUGCGUCUGAAUGGGAGAGGUAGGUUUUGUAGGUUUUUAAAUGAAAAAAAAACCACCUCGGAAAUUCUGUUAUUAUUUGAUUAUUUCAUUGCCUGACCGUAGAACUUUUAAAAAAUUAAAUGAAACCACGAAAACCUCGUAUUUUGGCAACGUAGCUAUACAAAAUUACGGGUGUCUGAAAUUGGGUUUGUGUUGGUCUGUACCACAGUAUAGGAAAAGUACAGUAGAGCCACUCAGCGUAAAAAAGUGUCUACAUUGUUUACUGGCUGCCAACCUAAUUUACAUAUUGGCAGCCAGUAAACGGCAGCAGUCCACUAUAAAAUUGUACUACAGAAUAAUGAUUUUGGCCGCGUAAGACACCUGGAACCUAGCUUAAAUAAUUGCCACUUUUCUCUCCCCUAAGUGGCCCUACUGGUUGUCUCCCUAUACUGUGGUCUGUACUGAUUUUGUUUGGUGGCAUAUUUGGUGCACUGCAGACGGCCUGACCCGGUGACCCAAUGGCAUUCGGGAAAUUUUACACUUUACCAUACCGGAGUAAUCACUGAAUACAUACGCCAUCAAAACACUCCAAUAAAAGAACGGAAAAACCAUCAGCACACACGCCAUCAAAUACUUGCGGUACGGUAAAGUGUAAAGUACCCGGAAUUUGGACUACCUCAUUAGUGUUUGCUGUGGGUGAUGUCAAAUAAACUUGGUGUCCAGUGUUCAAUUGCCCUAACCCCCGCAACAAACGCCUGUGAGUUUGUCAAACUGGGAAUUUUUAUAUUAUUUAACCCUUUAAGUGGCAAUGUGCCUAAGUGGAAAGUUUGGAAAUGGCGCAGCCAAGAUUUCUAAAAUUUAAUAGUAAAUAUAUUGAAAGCAUCAAAAUUGCACGGCCAGGAUAUCAGUGGUGUGAUACAAACUUUCCACACUGCAAUGCGUCCAGAUGCGCCCUACAUUAUGAUUUUACUCAUCAGGGGGAGAGUGCUGCCACUCAAUGGGUUAAUCACGGUAUAUAUAACCAGCCAUAUCAUUCCAGUCUGGAAGCCUGACGACGGACAUGCACAGUGUACAAUCUCUAUCACUGGCAUAUACAUAUAAUGUUUAGAGCAUCCUUUUUUUUACUUGUCUAACGCCAGACAAUUUUACCUGUCAAUGGGGAAGCUCUGCAGCUUAAUGGGUUAACCAAAAAUCUGACAAUGUCUCUAUUCAACCCAUUCAGCCGCAAUGCGCCCUACCGGUACUUUUUUUUCUUGUCCAAUGCCAGACGAUUUCACUCGUCAAUGGGGAAGCUCUGCAGCUGAAUGGGUUAAUCGAUGAUAUAAACCUACUGUAAUGUGUCCUUAAAAAAUUAAAUAGUCGCUUGACAAGCCGCUUGACAAUAGGCAUGUGCACUUGUAUAUUUUAAGGACACUCAAUUGAGUGCCUUUCCAGGCAAGGCAUGCUAGAAAGACUAGAAACAUAUGUUGCAACAAUUACAACAACAUGACAAACAGUAAAUUAAACCCUCAACCUGAAUCGGCUGUAUUAUGAUUCAUUGUCAGGUUUGUUUCACAAAUUGAGGAAAUUCUUCACAAAUGGAAACUUGAUAACAGCAACAAGAAGCCUUCAUUUUUGCAGGUAUUUAUAGCGUGAAAGAAAUUGACCUGACAUUUUUGUCAGCUCUGCAGUUAACCCUGCUAUUUUGUUAAAUCCAUGUCAGCGUAUUCGCAACUUUUCCUCUUCAAAUAAAGAAGAAAACUCUGGCAAUCUAAAACCAAUCCCUAAGAAGGUGACCUCUCAGGUAGGACUAUUUAAUAUGUUGCAACCAAUAUUUUAUUUGAUAAAGUCUCUUUUUUAAUCAAAAUUAUGGUUCUUAGAUUCAUUUUAUUUUCUAGUCUAGAGAAUCAUGGUGGGAGACAUUAUCAGAGACACUUCAUUUCUCAGACUUUUGCUUUGAUAUCACUUACCACCACUGCAUGACUGCAAAGAAUGAAGCCAGGGAAGAAAAUGCUGGUAAGGUGAAACAACCUCUGGGACAACAAAUCAAGAAACAAAAUGCACAUUGCCCACACAAUGCAAAAUUCCCAUUGGUCGAAAUUGGUGUGGCUGUCAAUCAAAUCUGAUAUGUAGUAAUUAUGCUAUAAAUAAUUUCCCGACUGAAUGUUGAUUUUAUAAAUAAACAUUACAUUAACGGUUCCUAUUGGAUAGAUUUAAUUGGGUAUAAGUAAUGUUUAUUCAAGGGCGGAGCCAACUUGACAUGAGCGAAAAGUGGACGUAUUUCAUUUCUUGAUGUGUUGUCGAAUGUCGGCAGUCCUUCCUUUCCCCUCACACGCCCAGGAAGCUAUAUCCAUGGGAAGGAGGGACCGCUCGCAGUCUAGUUUUUCCCUGAACUACCUCGCCCAAAUAUGAGGGUUCAAGGAUGAAUAGUUUUGUUUCUGUCAAGGGUUUGAAGAUGGUCUUUCUCCGGCUGUUUUGGAAAUGUUUGACAUGGAUUAUGAUUUUCCACCAAGAGUUCACUGCCUCAGUAGAUGGUAGGUGGAUGGUAAUAUUUCUGUCUAAACAAUCUUCAACAAGUGUCAAUAGAACUUAUGCAUAAAACAAUUUUAUUUUUGAUCUUCCUGUUCUCAGGUAUGGGAUGAAAGAGUUCUUAGUUUUAUCACCAGCUGUAGAGAAUGCAGCUAUCACAAGUGAGUCGAGAUGUCAUUUACUGCUAAGCUCUAUCUCAAUGGCUUUAGCAAAUGCUAAGUGGUGAGUUGUUAAUGUGUAUUUUAAGCAUUUCUUGUGUCUUCAAUGAAUGCUUUCCCUAUACCAAAUACUGCAGGUUUUUUGGGUUAUUUCUCAGUUUUUUCCUGUGUCGUGACACUGGAGUAAUAAGAGGAGGCCAUUUCUUGUAUAUACAUAAAAUGCACAAGUUGUAAUGAGCCUGCAGCAGACUUGUAGCAAUGCUGUUCCAACAAUGUGUUUGUACUGCUUAUCAACAAGCUGUGAGUGAUAACCUUGUAGCAAGUUGAUGAAAUGAGCCUUAAAACUUGUUGACAAGCUUGCUACAAGCCUGUUGCAAGCAUAUCUUGUUGACAAGUUGUGAGAUUUUUACACGACUUGUGUACUUCAUUGAUGCAUCCAGGAUUUCAUCUGAAACACAUCUAUCAAUGAUCAUAAACUCAAUUUAACCUCACUAUUCUUGCUAGCUAUGUUCCAUUGCUGGUUCAGUUGCAUCAGAAGUGGAGACGGCUGUAUCGUGGCCUCUGCCUGGGCAAUGGUUUCCGUACCUUAUUUGAAAUGGCGCAUUUACGUCACACUCCAAAGCAAUUCAAUCAUCUCAAAGGCUUGCUUGAUGUCUUUAAAGAUAAAUUGGUAUGUACAGUAGUUGUAUUGUUUUUGUUUUGUAGCUGAUGGCCAGGGUUCCUCUAAGUAGAAGGCUUUUGUAGGUGGAAAUUUUUCGAGUGUGAAUUUUAUACAUUUAUUAGAGAGUAGGAGUAGUUGUGAGAAAUGCAACUAUAGUCCUUCUUGCAGGAAUCAAACCUGCUGUCCUGUGAUUCUGGUGCAGCACUCUAACCAACUGAGCUACAGAGACGAGUUGUCGAGCUCCAUAGCCCCACAGGCCAUGAAAAUGUCAAGUGUUUACUAGGCAAGUCAAUGCUAAUUAACAGUUUGCUUGUCAUAAUGUUGUAUAAAAUUUUGUGUGUUCUAGGCUCUCCGUGGGUCAAGCUGUCCCCCAGUGACAAUCACCAUCAGGUUCACAUAUUUUUUGAAUGAGUGGAGCGACACAGAUUGGCCCCAGGCCCCACCUGAUGUUGACUCGUGUUUGGGAGAUGAAGUGGGUCUGUCGGAUAUGUCUACAUUACCAUUUGGUACGGGACAAGAUGCUAUCAGGUUAUAUUAUAUUAUAUAAAUAUUACAUAAUUUUGUUGUAUGUUUAUAAAUAUAUAUGAUAUGUAUACUGUAUGUUUCUGAACAGAGACAUCCCACCUACUAUACUGAAAAACCUAUUAGUAUUGGACAGCAUAGUGUUCCCAGUUUGAUCUUCAAAUACUGAGACUUUUUUAUUUUUAGCGAGCUACAUUUAUCAGUGACUUGGCCAUGUUUAUCUGAAGAUGUCAUUGUUGAUAAUGGAAUUUAUUCGUAAGUUUAUUGUGCUAUUUCCAGAAAGAGCUGUGUCAAACUGAAGUUCUUGUAUUUUUCAGGUAGUUGUAUCCCUAUCAAUCCACAACUUUCUCAUGUAUGUCUCUUUUAAUUAGUGAUUUAGAUCCUCUGCAAGCGCCGCAGUGGCAUGUGAGAGUGAGAAUGAAUGAUGAUCCAAAAUGUCUUUUAGGUAAGUUCAUUAUUAUGUAGGAUGUCAAACAAACAAACAAACAAACAAACAAACAAACAAACAAACAAACAAACAAACAAACAAACAAACAAACAAACAAACAAACAAACAAACAAACAAACAAUGUUCUUAUUUUGUAGGUGAAUAUGUUGAUCGUUAUUUGAAUCUUUGUCAUCGAAAAGAGGCCGCGUCAGCAUUACUGAAGCAUGAUGCUUUUUAUGAUAAUGCUGAAGGUGGGUGUGCCUUUAUUAAUAAUAGAUGAAGUUUCUUGUAUUGGACUUCAACAUACACCUAACUGUACAGGACUUACAAGUAGGUAACGACCUGCGUAUCUAUUUUCAGAUUCACCCAAAGACUUUGCUCAUGCAUUUCAAAAACUGACCAAGCCAGUCUUGUCUUCCAACAUACAAUCUGCUGUCACAAAAGCAACGUCGAAGAUUACCGGCUCUAGUAGUGACGAGUCGCCAAUACCUGCUGAACUUCUCAAUGUUAUAUUGAAGGUAAUAUAUUUAGAAAGUUUAAACAACUGACGUUCUGGACGUAACGCGUGUACAGUACAUAAACCAGCAGGUUUUUAUGCAUGGCUUCAGUAAUUGUACUAUAUCACACACCCAAUGGAAUAAAGGUUUCUUUGCACUAUCAAAGUUUCUGUGAUCACAGUAGGAAUUUUGCAUAGGUAAAUUAAGUUUUGAAGGAUUUGUAAGAAAUGUUUAAGUCCACUGACAUGGUGUUAAACAGUGAGUCUGUUCUCUCAAACAUUUCUUACAAAUCUUUCAAAACUUAGAAUUUACCUUUGCAAAAUUCCUACUGUGAUCACAGAAACUUUGAUAGUGUAAACAAAUUCUGUUUGAUAAUUAAGGUAUAAUUGUGUUUGCAGCACUUGUUUCCAGAUGCCGAGAUAAACCCAAACGAUAUUGAUGUGAAACAAGAAGAAAUAUUAAAAUCAAAUGUUUAUGCAACUAAAAAUAUGCCUAAUGUAAGUUCAGACUUUUGUAUAUUAUCAUAAACGUUUGAAUGAUCAAAUGUAAAUUUAGUGUUUAUAACUUAUGCACAAAUCGUUACUUCCUCUUGUAAAUUUGUUUAUCCCAGAAAUUAUUUCCGGAUUCAUAGAAUUGGCAACUCUCUUUCAGGACAAAUUUCGUGGUCUGAAAGGAACUCCGCGAGACAGUUUGACUUACGCUUUGGCGAUAUGUCUGUGUAUUGUUAAUCACAGCUAUGGAGGUGAGGUCUAAUUUAUAGAGCCAUGAGGUUACACACGACAAUUUUUGAUGCAGCUUGCAACGCAAUUUCUGAUAUAGGGGGUGUUAUCUUUCACUACGUGUGGGAUAAUUGUGAGCCCACUCUUGAUGGAGGGGGGGAGGGGGGGGGGAUCGUUACUGAGCUUCCAAGUAUGAUAUCGAAGUAUUUAAUCAUUUUUAUUUACAUGUACAUGUAUGGUAUGUUAUUCUAGGGCUGCGAGCUGUGGCUCAUCUUUGGCAAGAGUUUGUGUUGGAAAUGAGAUAUCGUUGGGAUCACGGCAUUUUGAUAUCAAGGUAUGCCCCCUCCUCUGUAUUUGGUCAUGUGGUUGCGCUCGUUUUACUCCCGUGACUUUUUUCUUUUACAGACUUGAGUUAGUGGCUCCGAAUCUUGAUUGCUGUUUAAUUCAUCAGAAGCUCCAGGUAAAAUAAACGUUUAUAUUGAAGUGGUUACUGAAACUAACCCUUUAGGCCUUCGUCGUCAAGUGCUUGUGUAGUAAUCCCCUCGCUCAGAUGAAUCGGGCAGCCACUCUAUGUAGAAGGUUUUGUAGAUGGAAAUUUUCAGGGGUCGAAACUUAAAUUUUUUUGUACUAUACAGCCGGAAUAGUAGAUUUUUAUAUUUACUAUUCCGUCUGAAGAUCCACUAUUCUUUAAUGUACUGUUUCUGAUUUUCAUGAAAUCAUCCUUGAAACUCCUAAAGUGAACUGAAUAAUUGAAUAACAAAAAAUAAACAUGUACAGUGCAUUGCUCUGUACAGUGAUGAAUAAAUUAUUAAUAAAAAACAAAGUUCAAACACUGAAAUGAACUUGCGAACUUUGUUGCGAAGUUCGCGCCCAAUUUCCGAACUUGGAAACGUAAUUGGCAAGUUCGCAACGAACUUGGGAACCGCGCGUUGAAAAGUGACUUGAAAACGACAAUAACAUUGCUGCAAAGAAAUUAGGAUACGCAAGUACUGCAAGCGAACAAGAAAUUAGCUACGAAGUGGAACAGUGGCUCAAAGUGCGGUAUAAAGUGAUUUUUUAUAAGAUGAGGAAAACCCUUGCUUGUCGAUAUUUGGUACCACAUUUUUUUCUACUAUACAAACGGAAUACUAUGAUCAUGAAGUUUACUAUUCCGUCAUGCAUUUUAGUAUAUUCGGAAUAGCGGAAUAGCGGGAAUUUCGACCCCUGAUUUUGAAUGUGAAUUUUUAUACAUUUAUUAGACUUAACCAGGACAUUAAAUUGUUAUGACGGAUAAUAACUGAACUUCUUUCAUAGAUGUUGAACUGCUGUAUAGCUCGAAAGUGUCUAUCAAAGCGAAGUCAAACUAGCAUUAACCAAGGAGAUACACCAGCAGACAUUCCAAGGCGCCCAACCAGUGCAAGAUCUAGUUGCCCUGGUGAUGACAGCAGUGACGAUGAAUUUUUCGAAGCUUUAGAAGACCAAGAUGACUCCGAUGAUUCUGGUGGGGAUGUAGAGGGACCUUUAGAGACAGGGCAGGGUAAUACGAGACGAGAGGGAGCAUUGAAACGAUGUGGAGAUCGUAGACUGUUGGUAUCUGGGGAACCUUUGUAUAUACCCGUGACACAGGUAUGUGAGGUGUGACUUGGGUGAAUAAAUUGUGUUUCUGGUGGCGGUUGUCGAAGGCCAGAUCAUAUGGCCAGAUACACAUGUAAAAAUUUCACAACUUGUCAACAAGAUGUGUUCGCAACAAACUUGUAGCAAGCUUGUCAACAAGUUGUAACAAUGCUGUUAUUUUAUCAAGUUGCUACAAGGUUGUCACUCGCAACUUGUUGACAAAUUGUUGAAUUGCAGGACGAUUACAAGUUGUUGGAACAAUUUUUAACAAGUUUGUUGUCAACAAGCCGUUGAUGGCUUGUCAUCAAGCUGAGAUGACAAGUUGUUGGAACAGCAGAAAAUAAACUUUACAGUACAUUCGAGAAAACGUCCAAUCGGCCAGAAAAAUCGCAAUGUGAAAGUGUAGCUUCAAUAUGUUGUAGGAACCAGCUCCGAUGACAGAAGACAUGUUACAAGCUCAUGCUGAUAUUCUCACACAACUGGGAACCAGUGAAGAAGGCGCCAGAAUUCGUGCUCAAAUGCAGAGUGCUUCUUUACUUUCCGAUAUGGAGGCAUUUAAGGUAACUAGCAGUGUCGUGAUCACCAUGCUUGCCUUUCAAUCUGAGUUACCCGAGUUCAUUCCUUGAUCGGACCUCUACUCAAGAUCUUAAAAAUAAUUGAGGAGAAAGAGCUACCCUUACAUUGACAUCACUAAAUGAUUAGACUUUCGCGUCUUCUCGGAUAAGGACGUUAAAAUCGUAGGUACCUCGGAUCCCCUAUCCAUUGGGCAAUAGCCUGUUGGGAAAUCCGCUCACCGAUGAGUGAGGAAUUCAUUAAACACUUGACUGCAGGGAUGGUUCCAGCUUUUGGUGCUUUGAGCGAGGUUGUAUAGGAACUGGGGUAGUGCAGUAAGAAAUAGUCAAUAAAGAUAGAUUGUUUUCAACGUUCAUUUUAACCCACUUUGAAAGCGUGAAGAACAUCAUAUGAUAUCUGAAAUACCGAUGUUUUCCCAGGCUGCUAACCCAGGCUGCUUACUGGAAGAUUUCGUUCGCUGGUAUUCCCCGAAUGACUGGCUACAAGGAGAGGAGACUGAGGAUGAGAUUAUUUAUAGAAGAAAAUUGGAAAGCGAACAAAGACAGAAAGGUAUUGACAUGUCUGGACAAUUGGUUUGUUUUUAAAUAUUGCUAUUGUGUAGGUUCUAUGAACCUGCUUUAUACAUUGCUCGACAUGGUAGCAGCACCAUAUAUAUUGUAUAUAUAUUGUAUAUACUGUAUGUACCAUACCUUACCAGAUCAUACUAGAUCGUAUGAUCAUACCAGAUCGUAUCAUACCAGAUCGUAUCAUACCAGAUCGAUAACAUACAUACCAUACUAUACCAUUCUACUGUAUACUAUGCCAUAUACAACACCAUUCCAUAAUAUACCAUGCAAUUCCAUACCAUACCAUACCAUUGCAAUACCAUACCAUGCGUGUGGAUACAAUCCACCCAUACUACAGGUAUAAAUAUUCAAAUGGAUGGCAGCACACCCUAUAAUAUAACACACCAUGAAUUACUGUACCAUACACCGUACCAUACUAUGUCAAACUGCUGGUAAUCGACUACUUCUCAAAAAUAUAUCCCUCGGUGAAAUGCAUAUCUAUCUUUCAGAAGGAGAACAAAAGCAGCAAGACGACUGGGGUUUAGAUGAUGAGGAGGAAAUUACUGAAGAAGAACUAAAUGAAGCUUUCCAUGAAGAGAACCAACAAAGUGAAGAGAACCAACAAAGUGAAGAGAACCAACAAAGUGAAGAGUUAUGUGAUCAACCAUGUUCAAAGGUUAGUUACUGCUUUGUGACCUUUGAGAAAGCACUCUUCUCUCAUGCAACCAGGGGCGAGCUAGCCAUAGCAACAAGUCACACUUUACAAAUGUCUAAUAAUUCGCCUUAUUUAAACCGUUAGAAAUGUAUUGUCUUAUUAUUUAGAUUAGAUGUAGGUUUAUUAACAUAGCAAGACCAGUUGCCAUGGCUAGCUUUACCACUACAUGCAGCCAUAGCUUUAAACUUGGGUUAUAUUUACGUAUCUAUAUAGCUCAGGGAAUGAUGGGCGUAUCAACAAACCCAGAGAUUGCAUUAAACUCUAAGGGUUUGAUGAUAUUUUGAUAUCAAAUUUUCUUGUCUUCAGGACUGGUGUGAAGAAGGAAGAUUAAGUCUGCGCAUGCGUGUGAAAGGCAACGCCUGGGAAGAUAACUGGCACAAUGCCAGACCAUGUCCUGUACGACGUCAGAAACGAUUGUUUGAUGAAACGAAAGAGGCUGAAAAGGUACUGAUGGUGUUUCUGGGUAUUUACUUAAUUAAGUAUAUACUAUUUCACUAUAUACCCCGCCCUGGGGUCGGUCUUCAAAACCCUUAACCCUUGGUUCACCUAAAAUUCAAAGUGAACUUCCCAACACCUCACUGUUUAUGAAUUUAGAAAUAUUUCUUCAGAAAUCUUGGCUGGAUCAACAGGAGUUUUUGUCUCUGAAGUUUUGAAAUAAACAGACGUGCAGAAAUACAUAAACUAAAACACUGGGUUAAAUUUUAACCGAAGGUUAUCCCUAAUCCAGCUUUGAACAGCCGACACCUGCCUGUGAAGUAAAAAUAUUGCUUGUUUGGUUAUUUGUUUAAUAAUUUGUAUAUUCCAGGUGCUUCAUUAUUUAUCUGGGUUACGACCAGCCGAAGUUGCUACUGAACUUAUUUCCACUGUACUUCAAGCCUCAAUACGACGCAUAGAAAACGCAGGUAUGCAAUGAUUGGGUACUCAUCUGUUGGAACAACCUUGCAACAAUUCUGAUAACGCCAUCAAGCUUGUUACAAGUUGUUAACAGCUUGUUCUAAACUUGUAGACUUGUUGACGGAAUGACGGCUUGUUGGCAGACUUGCUUUUCAAGAUGUGAGAUUUUUGCAUGUGUAUGAGUCAUCUAUGACUAUGGCACGAUCAAACAGAACAGAACUGAGAAUAAUUUGGCUUUUUUAUGUUUACAGGAGGCAAUGACGCUGUUCGUUCAAGCACUAUUAUUGAUCGCAUUAUAAAGAGAGCAAGUCGAAUUUUCGACACGUCACAGGAACAGCUGACUUUAUAUAAGGUGGGAUAAUUUAGUAAGUUUGAAAUAUACAUAUCAUUAUGACGAUAUGACUCAUUUGUUUUCUGUAGGAUUUGUUCGAAGAGCUUCGUAGUAUUGAAUUAAAGAUAGCGCGCGCGCAGUCAUUGAAGUGCAAACUGCAAACAUCAGAAGUAAAUAAGCCAGACAUUGAUACCGAGGCGUUCAUUGCGUCAUUAUUGGAGAAACCAGAGGUCAACGUUGUCGGAGCAAGUCGUGGACCUAUGGGUCAUGUGAUCAAGGGGUUGUUUUCCCAGCAAGAGGUAAUUGUACUGGUUUGUAGUUGACUCGAAAUAUGUCAUUCUGAUUGGUUAAUUUUCCACCAAUACACUGGGAAGGUAAUAUGAAUGUUUUAGAUAUUUUAGCAUAACCAUCCAAGUUGAAUGGUUAUGCCGAAGACAGCCAACAGCAUAACCAUCCAAGUUGAAUGGUUAUGCCGAAGACAUUCAACGGCAUAACCAUCCAAGUUGAAUGGUUAUACCGAAGACAAAUCAACGGCAUAAACAUCCAAGUUGAAUGGUUAUGCCGAAGACAGUCAAAUGUUUAUGCCGAAGACAUUCAACGGCAUAACCAUCCAAGUUGAAUGGUUAUUCCGAAGACAAAUCAACGGCAUAAACAUCCAAGUUGAGUGGUUAUGCCGAAGACAGUCAACGGCAUAACCAUCCAAGAUGAAUGUUUCAUAUGAAUGUUUUAGAUAUUGAGAGGACAAGAGCAAGAUUAUGAUAAUCAUGAAAUUGAGGUAAAAGUAAAUUUUAUACAUUGAUUAGACUUCAUCAGGAGCAGUUGCGAAAAAUACAACUAUAGGACCUCUGGCAGGAAUCACACCUGCGGCCCUGGUCUGUGCUCCAGUAAUAACUAAUACUUUGUCUCUAUAGAAACCAGUUGCUAAGCAAUCACGACCAUUUCCUGUUCCAGCUGGUCGUGAGUUUAUCUUGCGAACGAUUGCGAGCUAUCCAGGCAAGAACUCAAGACAAUGUCCUCAGCGCAUGUACUGUGUACUCGCUGGAGAUGAAUUUCGUCUCGCUGCUGCAUUCACAUCCGACACCACAUUCACGUGA